UUAUUUAACAAUUUCAAAAAGAGCUUGUGUGCAUGACUCACUCAAUUGAUCGAAGAGAUCAUUAAUCAAUUUAGUGCUACUAUCGCAAUAAUCUUAAUUUUCAGAUAUUCCUGAAGUACUUCUUACCUUUGACUUGGUAACUGUAUUUCGAGUUGUAAGUGGAACAAGGAAGGAAUGUUUUUUGUGUUUUAAACCAUGUCGUCGCCUGCGGAAGAAAGUCCUAUUAUUAAUUCCGAUAUUGAGAAUGAUGUGACCAGCAGUCACCGAAAUCUCAUAGAUAAUGGACCAGUUGAGGAAACCACAGGAUGGAUCAAAAGUCGAACUGUGCUGGGUAUUAUGGGCUUCCUUGGUUUCGCCAAUGUGUAUGCAAUGCGGGUGAACCUAUCUGUCGCCAUAGUUGCCAUGAUCAACUCCACGGAAGUUCCAUCAAACGAGACAUUAGACGUCUGCCCGGCCACUACUCCUAGCAACAGCUCUGUUCCAGCUAAAACUGGUGACUUUGAUUGGACAACUGAACAACAAAGCCUCAUUUUAAGUUCAUUUUUCUUUGGAUAUGUUCUUACUCAGAUUCCAGGAGGAAGAAUUGCGGAAAUAUUUGGAGGAAAGCUUGUGUAUGGAGUUGGUGUAUUACUUACAGCUAUUUUCACCAUUCUUAGUCCAGUUGCAGCGUUUGUAGACUUCAAAUUGUUUAUUGUCGUGCGGGUGCUAGAGGGGCUUGGGGAGGGGGUGACAUACCCCGCCAUGCACGCCAUGCUAGCACGGUGGAUACCCCCAUUGGAGAGGUCAAAGUUUGCUGCUUAUGUAUAUGCUGGUUCAAACAUAGGCACAGUAAUAUCAUUACCCAUAUCAGGGUGGCUAUGUACCCUGGACUUUGCUCAUGGGUGGCCUCUGUGUUUCUACCUGUUUGGCUGCCUUGGUGUCAUUUGGUUCAUAGCUUGGAUGUUUUUGGUCUAUGAUUCGCCACAGACGCACCCCAGGAUAUGUCCCAAAGAAAUCGAAUAUAUCACAGCUACUAUUGGACCUCAGGAGGACAAGCCGUCUAUGUCUAUACCAUGGUGUAAAUUCUUGACUUGCGUACCGCUUUGGGCCAUUCUCAUCGCGCAGUGUGGCCAGUCAUGGCUGUUCUACACGCAGUUGAUAGAGUUGCCCACAUACAUGAACAAUAUUCUGCAUUACGAUAUCGUUUCUAACGCCCGAUUAUCAGCUAUCCCUUACCUUACGUCAUGGAUUGCGGGAAUUUUAAUUAGUAUAUUCGCCGAUUGGAUACUUGUCAAAGGAUGGCUGUCGAGGUUGACCAGCAUGAAACUCUGGAACACUGUUGCCGCCUUCAUCCCAGCUUUCGGGUUACUGGGCAUCGCGUGGGCAGGCUGCGACCGUAUGGCUGUCAUGCUGUUGCUAAGCAUCACUUCUGCGUUUGGUGGCGCCGUGUAUGCCGGCAACCAGAUGAACCACAUCGACCUGUCGCCGCAGUUUGCCGGCACCAUGUAUGGGAUCACGAACGCGGCCAGCAACUUCUGCGGGUUCAUGGCGCCCUACGCCAUCGGACGCAUCAUUGGCAAGGACCAGCAAACACUUGGACAAUGGCGUGUGGUGUUCUACUUGGCCGCGGCCAUCGAUUUAGGAGCCAAUUUGUUCUACUUAUUCUUUGCAAGCACAGAAGAACAGGAUUGGUCGCGACCAGACAACGACGACAUGACUGCGUCUGCCCCUGUGGAGAGCAUCCUGUUCCCGGAGUCCUAGGGCUCGCGCCCGCCGCCCGCGGCCCCCGCUACGCGCACCUGUAGCGUAUAGCGACACGCUGUGCUUGCGUGCAACGUACGCGACACUUACGUGUAGCGUGCAACGUACGCGACGCUUGCGUGUAACGCGGAACUUACGUGUCGCAUCGUUCCAACUUAACGUACGUAUAUGAAAUUCCAGUGCAGCAUAAACGUGGAACGUACGACACUUACGUGUAGCGUGCAUAGUUUUUAUUGCUAAAACGUAUUUACAUUUAUAAAAUUCCAGUGCAGCGUGCUACGUACGCGACACUUACAUGUAGCGUGCAGCGUAUGGUACACUUAUGUGUAUCUAAACGUACGUAUGUCAAAUUCCAGUGUAGCGUGCAAUAUGCGCUAAACAUCGCGUACAAAACAUUAAUUCUGUAACGUAAAUGCAUGUUACUUUUUGAUGUAAGUGUAAUAAGAUGUACGCGUGCAGCGUAAAAAGUACGCGACGCGUAGAUUUAACAAGCAGCACGCGAUGUAACUGACAUUCGUGUGUAGAGUCGUGGUAGCGUUCAAUGUGCGGAAAUGUUCCUUGUUGAUGCAUCGUAUGAAACACUCAUUGUACAUUUACCUGUGAGGACGUGUAACGUGUAGCGCCCGCGGGCGGGGUCUAUUACGAUUGGUCGCUUUGAUAUUCUCAAUAAAACAUCUAAUUUGAAGCGAAGCUAAAAAGGCUGUAAGCAAACAAAGCCAUUAAAGAAGCCUAAAAAUAGGUAUCCUACUUCACUGAAAAAGUUUUUAAUCAACUGAUCUCUAAAAUUCAAACUUGUCAGAUAUUGAUAAUAUUUUUAUACACAUAGUUUGUGUUUUGGUAGAACAUAAAAUCCGUUCUAUCUGAUAAAGUGUGCGGACCUAUUUUUUUUAUUUUAAUUAAUAUUAUCCAGUAACAUACAAAUCAUGUAUGAUUUAGUCCUCUUAAUUAAGCGAUAUCCGAUAUUUGGGUGUUUUGGAAACGAAAUGCCGCAGUCGCUAUGGUAUAGAUAGACUGUUAGCAAACUUAAAGUAUUUGUAUAAGAACUGUACGAAAAAGACUUGUAAGUUCUGCAUAGCCAAUAGACCCCUGGAAAAAGUUACUUCAAUAUUUAUAAAAUUGUAUGUUAAUAAAACAUUCCUUCAUUUUACAUUACGAACUUUUUAGAUUGAUCCAAUCGUUUCAAUGUUUUCUCAUCCGGGGCCACUUGAUUGAAGUAUAUAUCAACGCUCAAAACUUGAUUCAAUCUCAAGUAAAGAUUCUGUUUUUUGAUUGGUCUAACUACUGAAAAUAAAGAAACGAAUCUGUGUUUCGUUUGAAAAAAACUUUGAGCGUAAUUUCGUGUUAAGAGACUAUCCCUUUAUUUUUAACACUGCAGUACACGCGCCCCUUUUUGAAUACACGCGCGGCCUACUCUGGUAAGCCAAUUUAAAAUCACUGUAAAUCAGUUUAUAAUCAAAUUAUGAAUAGAAUUACUAUGUGAAUGAUAAAAGUGUUUAUUAUAGUUAUUUUAUAAUCAAAGUUUCUUUAUAUAACUAUUUGGGAUCAAACAUUAUAAACAGAUUUAAAAGUUGUAAAUUUUUUGGACCAAAAUUGCACUCUGAGACCAAUGUUAACAAAAACAAUUUGACUGAAAAAAUAUGAUUAGUUUUUUAUCUGUCAUAGUAUUCAUGACUUUCUACUGCCUGGUACACGGUGUAAAUCCAUUUGUUACAAGUCUUUCAUAAUUUUUUUGUCGAGUGAUUUCGGGCUUUUGUGUAGACCUGUGGUUUUGACGGCCAAUUUUAGAAAAGUGCGCAGACUCUAGCGACCCAAGCUUUACUGGCUUACUGACAAAUUUAGUAAACGAGGCUUUCCUGGAAUGCCAGCUCUCUGGCGCAAGUUUUCAAAAAGUUAUAGCGUAAAAUGUUACCCUGGUCUACUAUAGUAGUCCGCGCGUGUACUCUAGUGUUAAGGCUAUAUUUCACCGGGACACCAUGGCGGCGCAACCAGUCGCCGGCUACCAACAAAAUGUAUACAGCUCUAUAGAAAGUUACUCACCUGGUGUCCGUUUGGUUGCGCAAAGCGCUGAAUACAUUUUGUUGGUAGCCGGCGACUGGUUGCGCUGCCAUGGUAUCCCGGUGAAAUAUAGCCCUAAAUGUCGCCAAAGGGUAAACUAUUGAUCAAAAUCGAGUAAUAGUUCGAUUAGCUAACUCGAAAUUAUGCUACUUCUUGUAGACUUUAUUAAACGUUGGUUGGAUGGAUUUUAAACGUUCAUUUUCACGCACAAUAUUCCUUAUAAACACUGGUUAAAAUGUUGCAAAUACAAGUAACUUUUCUAUCCACAUUUUUAUUUUUUUAACCUUAAGACAUGGGAAUACUGUUAAAAAUAUGGCGGAAACUAUAUUCCCACUGUCAUAUAAAGGGUUAAUAUAAGAAAGUAUUCGUUACUUUUAAAAUCAAUUACUUAACCUAUUGCGUACCAUUGUUAUGAAAUGUAUAUUUUAGUAAAAUACAUUUACCUACUUUUGUACAUUUAAUGUUAACUAUAACAUUAUUAUUUAUCGAUUAAUCUAUUAUUUAACAGUAAUUUAAUAAGUGUAGUAGAGAAAUUACAAAGGAAAACAUAUUAAAAGCCCAAUGUGAUAAAUGUGGAGUUAAUAUUUUUAUAAAUGUAAUCCAAAUAAUUAGUAAUAUUAUAGGUUCGAAUUAUAAUAAAAGCAAUGAACUUACUCGUGUUAAGUAGGUCACAUCUAUGGUGCUUAACAACAAUAAAUACCUGCAUGUAUUCUUAUUGCUAUUGAAUUAUCCAAAUUGGCCAAAGAUUCACCAUUUCCAUCUUUUAAAUACACAAUUUAAGAUCCCCUACGCACUAAGCAGCUUGGCUUCGAAAGAUUUAAAAAAAGUAUGUUAAUUACAAUGGUUGCUGCCUAGUGCGUUGGUGCCUUAAUUGUAUGCACACUAAUACAAUCUUUUGCUGAAAUAAAGAGGUUCUCUCUAUUUGUAAACAUUAAAAAAGCGUUUUAUAAAUAAUCUGUAUCGUAAAUGAAUUUAACUUACUACGAUUUUAAAACGUAAAAUCUAUUAUUAAAUUUUUACAACAUACAAUUUUAAAAGCGGAAUACUUAAAUCUGUAGUUGUAGAGACAACUCAUCAAUGCAAUGUGUGUAAUACACAUGACUGUAGUUUUUAAAGAUAUCUUAUUUUUAGCAAAGUUCCUUAGGGUGGAUUCAACCAAACAAGAGUAAAUAAAUAUUAAUCUCAGAAUAAAUCGUCAGUUUUGACAUAUUUCCCAUACUGAAACUGUCAAUGUGCCAGUUAUACCAGGAGUUCUUCUCGGAUAAAAGUUUGGUCGAAUCGGGCCUUAAUAUCUUUGUUGCGAUUGUAAGCCCACGUUCGUGCGAACUUUUUUGCAAUAUCUUUGACACGCUUUAUUUUUAUAAUUUUACAAAAAUAUCUUAAAUAGCAAUUCGUCAAUUAUUCCUUUAUGUGUUCAUCCGUAAAGCCGUCUCGAGUAUUAUUUGCUUGGUGGCAAUUUUUCUUCAACGUUUUUUGUGUACCCUUGGGAACGAGGCCUUAUAGCAAUAAAGGUUACAGAUGACUGCACAUCGAGGAAAACUUAUGCAUCUUAUGCAGUUGCAUUUGGUGCUAAUUUGCAAUAAACAUCCGUAGUCUGAUGUGCUGUCGACUGUACAUUUACAUUGCCGUGUGGCGUGUGCGGGGCGUGUGACAUUUAUGUACUAGCCUUUGCCACGGCUUUGCCUGUGUGAAGCUCAGUUUGUCACAGAUCGUUAUAAAUUAUAGCCUAUAUGUUAUUUUGAUGUAUAAACAAGUAAACUGUAAAGUUUCAUCAAAAUCCGUUCAGUUGUUUUUGCGUGAAAGAGAAACAAAAAUCCAUAAUUACAAACUUUUGGUACAGAUAACAUAAUACUAGUCUUUUUUAAGAUGAGAAUGCUGAAAGGCCCGGGUACCCCGGUUUUGUACAUAUUUCGAACGCCGUGCACGUGGCGUAUCACAUAGCAAAUUGAACAUACCGUAUAUGUAUUCCAUAAAACUGUUUACUGUAUCAUUUUCAUGAUUUCGUUUUAUUAUAGCUCAAUGUCUUUCCAUUAUAAUUAUAGUUAGUCUAAUUUAAAAAUAUUCGGUGGUUAUUUAAACACCUACCACUUAAGAAUUUACUAAUGAUUCCAACAUCGUUUUAAUUUGUUUACUUAAUUGCAUAUUUUUAAUAAUCAGGCAGUAUUCGUUUGUGAUUAAUUGUUUUAAAUAUCACAUAUUUUAUUAUGAUGUUAUUCUUAUCAGUGAAUGCGAUUUGAGUUUUUCUGAUCCGCGUAUAUGAAUACUUAAUUUUUAAUUUGUAAUAGAUGCAUGGAAGAAUUAUGUAAGUGUAAUGGAAGUCACAUACAUGUAUUAACAAGUAUUGUCUGUUAGACAUCAAAUUAUACAGAGUACACAUCCUAUUUGAUUUUAAAUAGACCGAUCACAUGACAUGAAAAAAUCGAGAGUCGCAUGAGUAGUUUUCUUGCCUUCAUUUAUUAGUAAGAUGCAUUCCUGAGAUGUCCAUACCUUGUCUCUUACUUGGAGCUUCUAUUUGAUAUCGAAUAUGAUGUGUUUACUCUAUUCUACAUUUAUGUUAUAGGUGCGAUUCGAUUUUAAUGUAAAGUCGAAAUGUUAUGUACAAUCGAAUGUAUGUGACUGCUCGUAUUUUGUUAUUCAGUAAUACGUUAUACUCGUAGAAUCUCUGAAUUUAUUUAAAAGCUAUGAAAUCCAAUAAUUACUUUAAAAAUAAAAUACAAUAAAUUCCCACAUAAGUGGCUGUGCUAUGUUUGUUUUGCUGUGAUUAUUGGUAUGACACAAUGCUAUAAGUAAUUUGACAUUAACUAUAAGUAUAGUUUAAAAUAAAUCAGUGUUUAAUCCAAGUUAUGUAUAUUUUUGUAGCGAAAUAAAAAUUUCAUAUUACAAAAUAAAGAGUAUUAUUUGGAGCCCGGCUCUCUGAAUUUACAUAAACAAAUUAUUAAAACGCGUCGGACCAGAGUGAUUUUAAAAGGGUAACCUUCAAUAAUGACCGCUUAUACACGUGCGUAUUUUCUGCUCAAAUGCCAACGCAAUUUGUCGGUAAGAGAUUAUUUGUAUUACGUAUUUCUUGUAAUGUUACUGUGUUUUGUAAAGAUUAUUACGAAAAAGCUGAGCGUUUUUUGUUGAGAAUCAUUGAUCUGUUUGUCAAAAAUUGCUGGAAGUGCUAAUACAGGAUA